CUUCGCCCAGUCUGAGAUCCACGACAGCUCCCCCAUCGCACAGACACAGUGGUACGCUUUAGAAAAAAAAAUGGCGGAUGGGUGCUGAACCCACAUCAGAAAAAACACACACACAAAACCCUAGAAGGCGCAGAAAAAUAGGAGGGAGCUGGUCGCCGUCAUUUGGCGCAAGAAAAAGGCGCACUUCUUUAGAGAGAACAUUACAGCUGGACCAGACACGUUUCAAGACUGUUAUGCACUACAAAGGUCUGCGUUGCUGAGGAUUGGUCAGUAUAACUGGAGUAUGAGGAAGCCAAGCCCACAAAAAGCACCCGAAUGGAAGGAUGGCAGAAGGAUCAGACACGCCCGGAGUGGUCGCCCGUCGCGGGUCCCGGCCCAGUACCAGGGGCACUUCAGCUGGGAUAAAUACCUGAAGGAGACAGGGGCCAUCGCUGCCCCUGCCCACUGUUUCAGACAGAGCCUGACCCCGCCGGUGAACGAGUUCAAGGCGGGGAUGAAGCUGGAGGCGCAGGACCCGCGGAACACCACCUCCACCUGCAUCGCCACGGUGGUGGCGCUCACCGGCUCGCGGCUGCGCCUGCGGCUGGACGGCAGCGACAACAAGAACGACUUCUGGCGCCUGGUCGACUCGUCCGAGAUCCAGCCCAUCGGCAACUGCGAGAAGAACGGCGGCAUGCUGCAGCCGCCAUUGGGUUUUCGGCUGAACGCUUCCUCCUGGCCAAUGUUUUUACUGAAGACCCUCAAUGGGGCUGAGAUGGCUCCAGCACGCAUCUUCCACAAACAGGAGCCCCCCGCCCCGGAGCAGAACUCCUUCCAGGUGGGGAUGAAGCUGGAGGCGGUGGACCGCAAGAACCCGCACUUCAUCUGCCCGGCCAGUGUGGGGGCGCUGAGGGGCGUGGAGGUGCUGGUCACCUUCGACGGCUGGAGGGGGGCGUUCGACUACUACUGCCGCUACGACUCCCGCGACGUGUUCCCCGUGGGCUGGUGCGCCCUGACCGGGGACAACCUGCAGCCCCCCGGCACCAAGGCGGUUUUGCCGAAGACGCCGGGGGCCCUCGUGGACGCGGCGGUGGAGGGGACGGGGCCGCACCCGGGGCCCGGUAAACCCCCCGGGCAGCGCCGGCGCAAACCGGGCCGCAGGAAAGCCAAGCUGCCGGGCCACUGGGCCUCCAAGGGCCCCAACGCCGCAGGGGCCCCGGCCCCGCAGCCAGCCAAGGGCCUGGAGCCCGUCAAAAUCCCCCGCAAGAGGGGCCCCAAGCCAGGCAGCAAGCUGAGCUGGACGAAGCGGACGGCCUGGUUGGAGGGGGCCAUUUCGGGGCCGGGCCGUCCCGUCACCAGGCCCCGGGGCCGCCUGCCGGCCAGCUGGGCUCAGAGGGCGGGGGCCCCGCCCCCCCAGGGAGAGCCCGUCAAAAUCCCAAAGAAGAGAGGACCCAAACCGGGCAGCAAGAGAAAACCGAAGGUGGUACCCAACCCUGUGCCCACCUCGCCCACGAGCAGCACCCCCGAACCCGACACCAGCACUGUGCCCCUGGACAACGCCACCAUCCCCAGCACCGCCCUGCAGGCCCCCACAGUGUGUGUGUACCUGAAUAAGUUCUGCAAGGUGGGGCCACACCUGGACCCUCGCCGGCUGCAGCAGCUGCCGGACCACUUUGGGCCGGGCCGGGCCUGCUCGGUGCUGCAGCAGUGCGUUCAGGCCUGCCUGGACUGCGCCCACAACCAGAGCACCGUCUUCUCCUGCCUGAAGCCCAGCCACGGCGGUGAGGUCAUCUCAGCGUACUUCGACCAGCAGCACCACACGCUGACGCUCCCGGCGGUGAACAGCGUGACGUACGUGCUGCGCUUCCUGGAGAAGCUCUGCCACACCCUGCACAGCGACACGCUGUUCGGCAGCCAGCCCACCCCCCUGCGCGGGCUGCACUACGACGGCCACGCCUACUCAGACAGGAGAGGUUAUGGGGAGGCCGGGCCAGGCAGGGGUACCAAGCGUUACCUGCAGGAGUCCUACAGCGCCCCCCUCCACAAAGUGAUCAAAACCCCCCGCCACUCCUCAGAAGGCGAGCCCUUCCUAUUGGAGAACGGUGUCGGGGGCGGGGCGGAGCACCUGGACCCCUCCCCGCUGAGCCCCGGGGCGCUGGGCCGGAGCCUGGCCCUCCGCUCCCUGUCCCAGAGCGGGAGCCCCCCCGGAAAGCUGCUCCGCCUCGGCUCCGCGGGGUCCGAGCGGUUCGUGCCGUCCCGGGACAGCCCGCGGCCCCCCGGGCCCCUGGACCCCAACCUGUGGACGGUGGAGGAGGUGAUGCAGUACAUCCGGGACAUCGACCCCCAGCUGGGCUCCCACGCCGACCUGUUCCGCAAACACGAGAUUGAUGGGAAGGCCCUCCUCUUGCUGCGUAGCGACAUGAUGAUGAAGUACAUGGGCCUGAAGCUUGGCCCCGCCCUCAAACUCACCUUCCACAUCGACAGACUGAAGCAGGGGGCCCGGCCCUGAGACCCCAACCCUGAGAGAGGACCUCCAACCCUGACCCUGACCCUGAGAGAGCCCCUCCAAACCUAACCCCAACCCUGAGAGAGGACCUCCAACCCCAACCCUGACCCCAGCCCUGACCCCAACCCCAACCCUGACCCGCCCCUGAGACCCCAACCCUGAGAGAGGACCUCCAACCCCAACCCUGACCCCAGCCCCAACCCCGACCCCAACCCUGACCCGCCCCUGAGACCCCAACCCUCACCCAACCCUCAACCCCAGACUCUCACACCCAAUUAUAACGCACAUCUCCUGGGCAACCGAUGCCUCCGAUGCUCUCAUUUGUAGCACCUAUAGCCAUGACUUGGGGUCAGAGGUCACACUGCCAGUCGCCCACAACCCCCUCGGCAACCCCCCCCCCACUUCCGUUUUGUAGCACUUGCCCACACAACCCAGCAGCAUCAUGGGAACUGUAGUCUUUUAACAGCCUUUCAAAGGUUAUCUUCUGUUUCACUCCGGUACAUUUCAAAUGGGGUCCUGAGAGAGAAGAAAGAAAGAAAGAAAGACUCAUUUUGUACAGCCGUUUUGGACCACAAUGGCCAUUUUUCGGGGCCGGUGUUUUAUUAACUUUUAAGAAAAAUGUCAUCUAUUUUUAUUUUAUUUUUUUUUUACCCACAAAAAUUAUGCUCCAGUUCAUAUCCCUUUCGGUUGGAGGGGGAAGUGUUCCAAGAGACUGUUACCAUGGAAACCAUCAGCUGAGAAACACUAUUUUUUUUUGUAAUAACUUGCCGGUUCGGCCUCCGUACUGACUGUGUGUCUCGCUCGGAGACGCCCGCUCACACACCACACUUUAUCGCCGUGCGCACUCCGUCUCGGACCGCUAACACACCGCCGCUCCUCCUCGUGUAUAAUUACCGUGUCUCUGUAUCGUCUUUGUCGUUAUUUGUACUUUUUUUAUUUUUUUAUACGAUAUUACUAGAGGACAUACAUUCAAAGCAUUAUCUUAAAAAAAAAAAAAAAAUACAGUUCAAUAAAAGGCAAAUUAUGUUGUCAAAUACUCAAA